ACAUGAAAAAUUACCGGCUUGCAGAGUUUAAUUAUGUGGGGAAAAAGUGGUGGCACCUAAGGAAAAGACAGUAGCAGACGCCGGUGAUUUUUCUCCACAAAAUUAAGCUAAACUCAGUAGUCAGUAGUACCAACGCACGCACGCGGACACAGAGAAGAGGAUGUGGAAACUCGCGCGUCUCGCUGCCGCCUCCAACGUCGCCCGAUCGCGCCGCUUCUCCGCCGCGAUUCCCGGUCCCUGCAUUGUUCACAAACGCGGUGCUGACAUACUCCACGAUCCCUGGUUCAACAAGGAUACUGGGUUUCCGUUGACUGAAAGGGAUAGAUUGGGGCUUCGGGGCCUCUUACCUCCUCGUGUUAUAUCAUUUGAGCAGCAAUAUGAUCGCUUUAUGAAUUCAUUCCGAUCUUUGGAGAAUAAUACUCAAGGGCAACCAGAUAAAGUUGUUUCCCUAGCAAAAUGGAGGAUCUUAAAUAGACUGCAUGACAGGAACGAGACUCUGUAUUACAGAGUUCUUAUUGAUAAUAUUAAGGAGUUUGCUCCAAUAAUAUAUACUCCAACAGUUGGAUUAGUGUGUCAAAAUUAUUCAGGGUUAUUUAGACGUCCACGUGGAAUGUAUUUUAGUGCCAAAGAUAAAGGAGAGAUGAUGUCAAUGAUCUAUAACUGGCCAGCUCACCAGGUUGACAUGAUUGUCUUAACAGAUGGAAGUCGAAUUCUCGGCUUAGGUGACCUUGGAGUUCAGGGAAUUGGAAUUCCCAUAGGGAAACUUGAUGUGUACGUUGCUGCUGCUGGCAUCAACCCACAAAGAAUACUUCCAGUUAUGCUGGAUGUUGGCACCAACAAUCAAAAGCUACUUGACGAUCGCCUUUAUUUAGGACUUCGACAACCAAGGUUGGAAGGUGAAGAGUAUCUAUCAAUUGUAGAUGAAUUCAUGGAAGCUGUUCAUGCUCGAUGGCCCAAGGCUAUUGUGCAGUUUGAGGAUUUCCAAAUGAAGUGGGCUUUUGAAACCCUGGAAAGAUAUCAUAAAAGGUUUUGCAUGUUUAAUGAUGAUAUACAGGGCACUGCUGGUGUUGCACUUGCUGGAUUGUUGGGAACUGUAAGAGCUCAAGGCCGAUCAUUGACUGAUUUUGUGAACCAAAAGAUAGUUGUGGUUGGAGCUGGGAGUGCAGGGCUUGGGGUUCUGAAAAUGGCCAUCCAGGCAGUCGCAAAGAUAUCUGGGUGCAGUGAAUUAGCUGCCAAAAGCCAGUUCUAUUUGAUUGAUAAAGAUGGUCUAGUCACAACAGAAAGGAAAAAUCUAGAUCCAGCUGCAGCUCCAUUUGCUAAAACUCCAAGAGAUAUAGAGGGGCUCAGUGAGGGUGCUAGUAUAAUUGAAGUGGUUAAGAAGGUUAAGCCACAUGUGCUCCUUGGUUUGUCUGGCGUUGGUGGUAUUUUCAAUGAGGAGGUGCUUAAGGCAAUGAGAGAAUCUGUUUCAACAAAACCUGCUAUCUUUGCCAUGUCUAACCCCACCAUGAAUGCUGAGUGCACUGCUAUUGAUGCUUAUAAGCAUGCUGGGGAAAAUAUAGUGUUUGCAAGUGGCAGCCCUUUUGAAAAUGUGGAUCUUGGUAAUGGGAAAGUGGGCCAUGUAAAUCAAGCAAACAACAUGUACCUGUUCCCAGGAAUCGGUUUGGGAACUCUUCUGUCAGGUGCUCACCUUAUAACAGAUGGAAUGUUACAGGCAGCUGCCGAAUGCCUUGCUUCAUACAUGGCUGAGGAAGAUAUCUUAAAAGGAGUUUUGUAUCCAUCCGUUGAUAGCAUACGGGAUGUUACGGCAGAGGUUGGGGCUGCUGUGCUUCGAGCAGCAGUCGAAGAAGAACUGGCAGAAGGACAUGGUGAUGUGGGGCCCAAAGAACUUUCCCAUAUGUCAAAAGAUGAGACUGUGGAGUACGUCCGAAGCAAUAUGUGGUAUCCUGUGUAUUCUCCUCUAGUUCAUGAAAAAUGAUAUCCUGUCUAUAUGUACAAUUUUUUGGGGUCUCAGUGCACUUCACGUCUCAAAAUGCUGCUGCCAAGACUUUGGUUUCUAAUCUAAUACUCUUAAUUAAAAUUUAUUACUAGCCACGUCCAGUAUUGGAUGGCAAAUAGCGAAAAGGGGAGAUAUAUGUCUCUAUUCGUUUCGGCCGUGAAUUUAUUGUAUUAGUAUUGAAAUUUGACAUUUUAUAGUUCCUUAUAUUGUCUAUGACCAUGUUGGAGUCUGGGAGACACUUGUUCAUAGUUGUGGAUUAGUGGUUUCAUUUUGUAGCAUUCUUGUAUAAUGGUGGCACAUAUAUUUAUAUUUAUAGAAACUUUCUUAUUUAA